CAAUAAAUUAUAAUUUUAUAACAAAAACUACUGUGGUCCAUAUAGAAUAGAAAGGAUAGAGUAGAAAUUUUAAAACAUACAAUAAUCCAAACAUACAAUCAUAAAAAUCAACCACUUUCAAUUCUCUAAUGAAACUUCUUUUCCUUUUUCUAUUUUUUUUUGUGUCUGUACAAAAUGGGUGGAAAAGUCCUAACAUGAAUGAAAAUAAUCAAAUUUUAAAAGGAAUUUAUGUCAGGUAGAAUAGAAAACAAUGUUACUAAAAUCUCUUAAAAUGACACGUGAUGUCAUUUUUGUUCAACAUAAGUGGGCCGAACCAAUAUAUAAAUGGGCCUAGAUUCAUGUGCCUUUCGUGACAAUCCACAUUUUCCAACGCAAACUAUCAGACAAACACGUCAACCAUAUAAAUAAAAAGAAACAUUAGAAUCUUUGCAAAUCAAGAACAAAAUAAUAUUACAUAAUCUUAUCUUAAAAAUUAAGAAUUUAUGAUAGUGUCCGACUUGAUAUAAUAACAAUAAUAAAAGUAAAAGUGAAAGAUAUUUGCGGAGAAAGUGGGUCAUGUUAACGACAAAAGAGGGGAGUGGAUACCGAAAGUGCAAUGUGGGGGGACAGACUUCAGACAAUGGCCAUAUCCCCGAAAAAGAAGAAAAGCCCAGCUAAGUAAACAUUGAUAAUAUUUCCACACAGCAUUCUAUUCUUCCUAAAUCAAGAAUCUCACCUUUUUGAGCUGAAAAUUGCAUCCAGCAAAAUCCACCAAACGAAGAAUCCAAUUCCUUCUUACUUUUCCUCUAUCAACAUACAUAAAUUCUUUACUUAAUCAAAACACUUCCUUUUCUUGAAGGAUAAGAAAAAACCACUUUAUUUCCUCAACACUCUUCAGAUUUUUGCACUUGAAUCAGGAAUUGUGAUCGGUCACAGAAUGGCUAAUGUGGUGGAAUUGAAGGUCUUUUUGCAUUGUGACGAGUGUAUCAAGAAGAUUCUCAAAGCCAUCAAGAAAAUCCAAGAUAUAGAAACAUAUAAUGUAGAUAUGGAGAUGAACAAAGUGAUUGUUACUGGCAAUGUCACUAACGAAGAAGUCAUCAAAGUUCUUCAGAAAAUUAGAAAAACUGCAGUUCCAUGGCAAGAUGAUGAACUGAACAACAUUACUAACUAGAGGAUUUUGGCGAUUAUCAAGAUUAGAGAAGAGAGAAUAAGACUUCCAAUUCUGAUGUUGUUAGUGAUGGAUGGAUCUACUUUGUUGAGAAUUUUGAAACUCUUUUUUUAUUUUAUCAUAAUCGAAAGUAAGACUUGGUUCAAA